GGACGUCAAAGACAAUAACGAAAAGAUUUCUUUUUCUUUUUCUUUCUGCUCUCAUCCGUCCACCCAUUUCUCUCUGCUCCAAAAUCGCAGUCCCGAGAGAGACACUCUUCAACUCCGGAGAGAGAGAGAGAGAGAGAGAGAGAGAGGAAUCCAAAAAUAUCUCAGAUCGGCCAUGGCUUCGCGCGAGAACUUCGUCUACAUCGCCAAGCUCGCCGAACAGGCCGAGCGCUACGACGAAAUGGUUGAUUCGAUGAAGAAGGUUGCAAUGCUGGACAUUGAUUUGACCGUAGAGGAGAGAAAUUUGCUCUCUGUUGGGUACAAGAAUGUGGUUGGGGCUCGGAGAGCGUCUUGGAGAAUUCUGACUUCAAUUGAGCAAAAGGAGGAGUCUAGAGGUAAUGACCAGAAUGCGAAGAGGAUCAAGGAGUAUAGACACAAGGUUGAAACAGAGCUCACCGAUAUUUGCACUGAUAUCAUGAGAGUGAUUGAUGAGCAUCUCAUUCCUUCGUCGUCCAGUGGCGAAUCGACUGUGUUUUAUUACAAAAUGAAAGGUGACUAUUAUCGGUAUCUGGCAGAGUUUAAGACUGGUAAUGACAGGAAAGAAGUUGCUGAUCAUUCAAUGAAAGCAUAUCAAGCAGCUACCACCACAGCAGAGGCUGAAUUGCCUCCUACACAUCCCAUUCGAUUGGGUUUGGCUUUGAAUUUCUCUGUCUUCUAUUAUGAGAUUUUGAAUUCACCUGAAAGGGCUUGUCAUCUCGCAAAGCAAGCUUUUGAUGAAGCCAUUUCAGAGCUUGAUAAUCUGAAUGAGGAGUCAUACAAAGAUAGCACCUUAAUUAUGCAGCUCCUUAGGGACAAUCUAACCUUGUGGACAUCUGACAUUCCAGAGGAUGGAGAAGAUGCCCAGAAGGCUAAAGCUGGUGUGGCUGAGGAUGCAGAGUGAUGACCUGAUGUGCGUAUUCAGCAAUAGAGGAUGAUGCAUUACACCCUGGGGCCUGGGGGGGCCGUUAUUAUAGUUUUUCUUUUUUCUUCUUAUUUUUUUCUCUUUUCGGUUGUCAUAUUAUGUUGUGUUUAAUGAUAGGCAUGAUUGCUGGAUGUAAUGUGAUUUGCAUCCCCCGAGCUUUUUCCUCUUGGUAUGACAGUUGGAGAAUUGCUUUGGUUGCUUUAAGAGGUUUUCGUUUAGCCAGUUUGCCAACGAUGAGUUGGAGUUUCUCCUGUUUGGUAUUCAUCAAGCUUAUAUAUAUCAUAUGUACUUCUACCGAA